GACUGGGGUCUAAAGCCCGGGGUAUGGGAAUUUUGGAUCGUCUUUAUAAGACCAAGGGUCGGCCACCUACAGCUCGACAGCUGGGACCGCAUUUUUCAAAACUACAGUACAGCAAACAUGGUCAAGAAAGGCGACGCCGGAGAUCCCGUUGUGACGAGGUUGGUGGCGGAGGACAAGGUGCCAUGGUACAAGAAACCCAACCUGCGUCUCAUGUACCUUUGGCUGUUCUUGUGUUGUAUGGGUGUUGAGAUGACCUCUGGUUUCGACUCUCAACUCAUCAACACUUUGCAAUUCUCCCAGCCUUUCAACAAAUAUUUCGGAGAUGGUUACCAAACCUUGGAUUCCGAUGACGAGUUGCAGUGGUCCAUCAGGCCUGCUCUUCUUGGUUUCAUCUCCUCCUGCUACCAACUCGGGUCUAUCAUCGCUGUUCCAUUCGCUCCGUGGUUGAACCAACGCUUCGGUCGCCGAUGGUCUAUCAUGGGCGGUUCGAUGUUCAUGGUGGUUGGAGCCCUUCUCCAGGGCUUUUCCCAGCACGUUGGAAUGUACAUCAUCGCUCGUAUGUUGCUCGGUGUCGGUAUUCUGUUUGCCAUCAUCUCCGGUUCUUCGUUGAUCGGUGAGCUUGGUCACCCGAAAGAACGUGCGUACUUGACGUCGCUCUUCAACGCUUCCUACUUUAUUGGUUCCAUCAUGGCUGCUGCCAUCGCUAUCCGAACGGUUGAUAUCGCGGGUGACUGGAGUUGGCGUAUUCCCUCUCUUCUUCAGAUCGUGCCGUCUCUGCUCCAGAUCUGCACUGUCUUUUUGCUCCCAGAGAGUCCCCGUUGGCUUGUCAGCAAAGACCGUGAGGAGGAGGCUUUCGCAGUGCUCGUCAAAUACCAUGCCGAGGGCGAUGCUUCGUCUACCCUGGUACAGGCUGAGAUGGCGCAAAUCAAGACGACCAUCAAGUUGGAAAUGGAAAACUCCAAGCAGUCUUGGAUGGAUAUGGUCCGCACCCCCGGUAUGCGCCGUCGUGUCCUCAUCGCAGUCAUGAUGGGUCUUUUCACUCAGAUGAGUGGCAACACAUUGCUCAGUUACUACUCCAACUUGCUCUUCGAUAUGAUGGGUUACACCACCACCUACGCAAAGACCAGAAUCAACAUUGCCAACCAGUGCUGGAGUUUGAUCAACGGUGUCUUCAUCGCACUCGUGGUCACCCGUUUCCGCCGUAGGUGGAUGUUUAUGCUGUCCGCCGGUUCCAUGUGCGCGGUAUUCACAUCUAUGACGAUUUCUUUCAACCGUCUCCGAGUUGCCAAGGACAACGACGCGACCAACCAAUCUGCAGCCAUCGCGGCGUUGAUUUUCUACUUUGCCUACUCGCCAACUUACAACAUUGGUAACAACUCGCUCACAUAUACCUACCUUGUCGAACUCUUCCCAUAUGCCCAGCGUACCAUGGGUAUCGGUGUCGAGCAGAUUUUCGGCAAACUUGGUGGUUUCUUCUCGACCAAUGUCAAUCCUCUUGCUUUGGACGCCAUAGGCUGGAAGUUCCUUGCCAUCUACUGUGGUUGGAUUUUCUUCGAAUUGCUUACCGUCUACUUCCUCUACCCCGAGACCUACAACCGUACUCUCGAGGAAUUGACUUUCCUCUUCGAGAGCGACCAACUCAAGGAAAAGCAAGCUUCGGCCGUCGAGAAGACAAUCCACGACGACCCCCUGGCCACAGAGAAGGGUUCCGUCACCGCUAUCGAGCGCGCAGUCUAA